ACGUCGGGACGCUGGGUCGCCUCGGCAGGCGCCGUAAUAGCCGCCCAGAAGGAAGGAGGUCGGCUGGGCGAGGAGCUGCUAUGGUGUUGAGUUCUCGGGCAGAGCCGACCGAGCCGAGACGGUCGCGGCCAUGAAGGCUGGUGCCACAUCUAUGUGGGCUUCAUGCUGUGGGCUGCUGAAUGAAGUCAUGGGAACCGGAGCUGUCAGGGGCCAGCAGUCAGGAUUUGCAGGAGCCGCUGGUCCCUUCAGAUUUACACCAAACCCCGACUUUUCCACCUACCCACCAGCAACCACGGAAGGGUCUAAUAUAGUUUGCAAAGCCUGUGGACUUUCAUUUUCAGUCUUUAGGAAGAAGCAUGUUUGUUGUGACUGCAAGAAGGAUUUUUGCUCAGUUUGUUCAAUCUUACAAGAGAAUCUCCGUAGAUGUUCUACUUGUCACUUACUACAAGAGACAGCCUUUCAGCGCCCUCAGUUAAUGCGGCUGAAGGUGAAGGAUCUACGGCAGUAUCUCAUUCUUAGAAACAUACCAAUAGAUACUUGUCGAGAGAAAGAAGACUUGGUAGAUCUAGUACUAUGCCAUCAUGGACUAGGCUCUGAGGAUGACAUGGACACAAGCAGUCUGAAUUCUUCAAGGUCCCAGGCGUCUAGUUUUUUUACACGUUCAUUUUUUUCAAACUAUACAGCCCCCUCUGCUACUAUGUCUUCACUUCAGGGAGAGCUUUUGGAUGGGGACCGGACCUCCAGAUCUGGAGUGCUUGCACAGGUACAGAGUGAAAUAGCUUCAGCAAACACAGAUGAUGAUGAUGACGAUGAUGAUGACGAUGAUGAUGAUGAUGAUGAAGAUGAUGAUGAUGAAGAAGAAGAAGAAAAUGUGGAGGAGCAGACCCCUGGGCUCUCCAGGAAGAGAGUAAGAGCUUCACUGUCUGACUUGUCAAGCCUUGAAGAUGUGGAAGGGAUGAGUGUGCGUCAGCUGAAGGAAAUCCUGGCUCGGAAUUUUGUCAACUACUCUGGCUGCUGUGAAAAAUGGGAGCUGGUAGAGAAAGUAAACCGGCUAUACAAAGAGAAUGAAGAAAACCAAAAGUCCUAUGGUGAGCGGCUGCAGCUGCAGGAUGAAGAGGAUGAUAGCCUGUGUCGCAUCUGCAUGGAUGCCGUCAUCGACUGUGUCUUGCUCGAGUGUGGGCAUAUGGUCACCUGCACCAAGUGUGGCAAGCGCAUGAGUGAGUGCCCCAUCUGCCGGCAGUAUGUGGUACGAGCUGUGCACGUGUUCAAGUCCUGAAACUGAGGCUCUCCCCAACAGGACACUUGCUCCCAACCUUGAUCCCAAACAUUUCAGUGCACAGAAGGGACUGGAAACUUACUGUUCAAAGGCCGAAGCUAUUUUUAAAAAUUAUUUUCACUACUAACUGGGGACAGAAAGGUAUAUCCUUAGUUAUGGAAACACUGGUCCAUGCCAUGAGCCUAUCUGCCUGUGGACACAGGAGCUUCCCGGGUUCUGCGGGCUUUCUCUUAAGUCCUGUAAAUACCAACUGUUGAAGUCAGACUGUGCCACGUGUGGGCAUCGACUCGUCUUUGGAGGACACUUACCCUGCUAUUUCCCCUUCAUCCUAUUUUUAACUUAAACUACUCAGAUGUUUGAAACUUCGGUUCUCUUUAGAUGAGAUCACUGUCCACAAGUGGCUGACGUGGAACAUGCUGAAUAGUGGCCCCUCUGAAUGUUAACUUUAUUAGUCUUGUAUAUUUUAAAUGCUAAUAUUUGAUGAAUGUCAGUUUCCAUAUUGUUGCUAUUUCUGCAUUUAAACAUAAUUGGAACAACUGACAUUCUACAGGCAACUGCCAGGGCCUUAGACUAAACAUGUCCAUUUUUGUUCAGGUGUACAGCUUUUUAUAGCAACGGCUGCAUCUAGCUUCUUUCUUUAGAAGUGUGUGCUAAAAUUCUUUAUUAAUGUGUAAUCAGUUUACACUGUUUUGUAUAGUGAAGGUGUAUUUUCAGUGCUACCUGCUAGCUAAUUUCAACUUUAGGAAUAAAAUUAGAUUUUAAAAG